AUUAUUCCAAUUUCCAAGCUUAAAGCCAUAAACCCAAAACCCCUUUCCUUCCGAAGGGGUCCUAAAACCCUAAUUUUACCAGUCCGAACCCAAAUCCAAACGCCAUGAACUCCUUCACCAACACCACCAAUUUCGACAACCUCAUGCUCCAAACCCUAAUGGGCAGGCUCCAAAUCCGACCCCCCACCAACAACUCCUUCCUCUCCCAAACCCUCGAGGAUCUCCUCCUCGACGCUGCCAAUCUCACCGCCGACGACGACGAUGACGACGAGAACAAGACCCAGCUCGCCAAAGAAGAAUCCCGCCUCGAGAAGGAUAUCAUCCGGGUUAUUCUCAGCGGCAAGACCGAUUCCCUCAAGCCCAAUUCUGGUCAGGCCGUCACCAUUGGAGAGCAUCACAUUUGCGUGGGGUUUCAUGAGGAAUCGGGUUCGGACUAUCGGGUUUGGGAGUGGCAUGGGCACAUCAUGCUCUUUGAUGAAGAGAACGGGUACACCCCUGAGUAUAUAUAUGGGAAUUACUUUGAGAGGUUGAUUGGUAAGGCUCGUGGAAGUGGUGGCAGCGGAGGUGGCAGUGUUCUUGUUGAGAAGGCCAAGGAGGAAGAGGAAGAGGAAGAGGAGGAGGAUAAAGAGAAAGUUACUACUUUGGGGCUCAGGGAGUUGAUUGAUGGCGGGGAUUCGGGUCAGGGUCGAAUUCUUCAUCGGAAUAUCAAUGCGGGUUCUACAAGGAUUACCUAAAAGAAAGGCUUUUGGCUGCAUAAGAAGUUUCUAGUGUCAAAGAAGGAGCCUCCUCGAACUUUUCCUUGAUUUGGUACUUGGGAUGGCAAUUCAAGACUGCUUGUCAUUUCACAUGGUUGUAAGCUGUUUUAUUUUUUUGUUUUUGUUUGAUUUUCCAGUACGUACGACGGUACAAAAGGAGGAAUGUCUUGUGAGACAUCAUUCUGUUAAAGUAGUUUUUGAUUAGCGCUGCUUAUCAAUGCACUAAAAUGGUGCAUCGACUCUUUUAUAUUACUUGGUUGUAAAUUUUAGUUAUGCCUGUAAGCUGGCUAGUACAAGAUGGUUUAUGCAAAUUUGAAAAGACAGAACAAUUGAGUUUCAUACAAGUCA